UCAGCAAAAAAAAAUUCUCAUCUAUUUCUUUCUCUUCUUUGUCGUCGUCUCCGGUUGCCUCCAUUUCGCUACGGAAAAAGAAACUUAGAAUUGAUCGAUGUUGAGAGAUUCGGCGUCAUCAGUUCAAGUUUUUGCUGUAUUUGCUAUUUGUAUAAUUGGUGUAGUAGUUGAUGCACAGAAUCAAACUCUAGCUACUACUGAUCCUGAUGAAGGUCGAGCAUUGAACUCCAUAUUUCAAAAAUGGAGAAUAUCAGCAGACCAAACUCAAUGGAACAUAAGCGGAGAGCUGUGCAGCGGAGCAGCCCUGGGUUCUUCUCCUACCAUCGACGAUCAGACUUACAAUCCCUUUAUCAAAUGCGACUGCUCUGCCAGUAACCGCACCAUUUGCCACAUCAUUGCUCUGAAAGUUUAUUCGAUGGACGUGGCAGGUGACAUUCCAGCUGAGCUAUGGACUUUGACUUUCCUUACCAAUUUGAAUUUGGGUUUGAAUAUGCUUACUGGUAGCCUGUCUCCAUCCAUUGCCAAUUUAACACGCAUGCAAUAUCUGAACAUGGGCAUUAACUCCCUUUCGGGGGAACUUCCAAAGGAACUUGGAUUGCUUACUGAUUUAAGAUUAAUUGGGUUUGGAUCCAACAACUUCUCUGGUCCUCUACCGUCUGAGCUUGGGAAAUGUACAAGGCUAGAACAAAUGUAUAUUGAUAGUUCUGGAGUUCGUGGCGAGAUUCCUGCAACAUUUGUAGACCUUCGGAACAUGGUCACUGUGUGGGCAUCUGACAAUGAGUUUACAGGCAGAAUACCUGACUUCAUAGGGAAUUGGUCAAAACUUUCAUCCUUGAGGUUUGAAGGUAACUCCUUCCAAGGUCCAAUUCCAUUAGCAUUAUCCAACCUUGUAUCAUUGACAGAACUGAGAAUAAGCGGUCUAUCAAAUGGGAGUUCUUCAUUGGAAUUUAUUAAAGGCAUGGUGUCUUUAACAGUCUUGGUGCUGAGGAAUGAUAUGAUAUCAGAUUCAAUUCCUUCGAAUAUUGGGGAGUAUCAGAAUUUGACACAGUUGGAUCUGAGCUUCAACAACAUAACUGGACAGAUACCAGAGUCGCUUUUCAAUUUGAGCCAGCUCUCUUUCUUGUUUCUUGGAAACAACAACUUAAAUGGUCCUCUUUCAGCACAAAAGAGUUCACAGCUUGUAAAUAUAGAUGUUUCAUACAAUAAUUUAGCUGGAAUCUUUCCUUCCUGGGUCAAUGAUCCAGAAUUACAAGUUAAUUUAGUUGCAAAUAAUUUCACAAUAGAUCCUUCAAAUAGCAGUGGUUUGCCAUCAGGCCUGAACUGUAUACAAAGAAAUUUUCCUUGCAAUCGAGAAAAUCCAGUCUAUUCUCAAUUUGCAAUAAAAUGUGGUGGGCCGCCGAUUACAUCUUCCAAUAAUAUUGCAUACGAGAGGGAUAAUGCGACUCUUGGUCCGGCAACAUAUUAUGUUACUGGUACGAGCAGGUGGGGUGUCAGUAAUGUUGGACUUUUUACAGGCAACAACAAUCCCCAAUAUAGCGUUUUUUCAUCAUCUCAAGUCACAAACACUCUAGACCCAGAGUUGUUUCAGACAGCUAGGGUCUCUGCUUCAUCAAUAAGAUACUAUGGUUUGGGGCUUGAGAAUGGCAAUUACACUGUCAACCUUCAGUUUGCAGAAAUAGUUAUUGAGGAUGGGAACACCUGGAAAAGUCUUGGGAGGCGUAUUUUUGAUAUUUACGUCCAGGGAGAUCGUGUUUUAAAGGAUUUUGAUGUAAGAAAAGAGGCAGGUGGAGUCUCUAAACGAGCGGUUGAAAGGAACUUCAAGGCUCAUGUAUCUGAAAAUUACCUUGAAGUUCAUUUGUUUUGGGCUGGAAAAGGAACUUGUUGCAUUCCUUUGCAAGGUACAUAUGGACCAUUGAUUUCAGCAAUCAGUGCUACCCCAGAUUUUAGACCAACUGUUAGCAACAUCCCACCAAGCAGCAAAAAAGACCGGACAGGUCUAAUUGUAGGCAUUGUCGUUGGGGUUGGAGCAGCUGGCUUUCUGCUUGUUUUUGUGAUUUUCUUUGUGAUUCAAAAAAGAAAAAGGCAAAGCGCCUACGACGGUGAAGAGUUCCUAGGUAUAGAAGCUAGACCAUACACUUUCAGUUAUGCUGAACUGAAGACUGCAACAGAUGACUUCAGUCCUUCCAAUAAGCUUGGAGAGGGAGGAUUUGGACCAGUUUAUAAGGGAAAACUUAAUGAUGGGAGAAUGAUUGCUGUAAAGCAACUUUCGGAGGCAUCUCACCAAGGAAAGAGCCAGUUUGUAACAGAGAUUGCUACCAUUUCUGCUGUUCAACACCGUAACCUUGUUAAAUUGCAUGGAUGCUGCAUUGAAGGAAAUAAUCGCCUCCUGGUUUACGAGUUUCAUGAGAACAGGAGUCUUGAUCAAGCAUUAUUUGGAGAAAGAUGUUUGAAUCUUGACUGGCCAACACGUUAUGAAAUUUGCUUGGGAGUAGCCAGAGGUCUAGCUUAUCUUCAUGAGGAGUCUAGGCUUCGCAUUGUACAUAGAGAUGUGAAAGCCAGCAAUAUUCUUCUCGACUCUGAUCUCACCCCAAAAAUUUCAGACUUUGGUUUGGCCAAACUUUAUGAUGAGAAACAGACCCAUAUAAGCACCCGUGUUGCAGGGACAAUUGGGUAUCUUGCGCCGGAGUAUGCCAUGCGUGGACUCCUGACAGAAAAGGCUGAUGUCUUUGCCUUUGGAGUUGUGGCCCUGGAGGUCGCAACGGGGAGGCCAAAUUCAGACCCUAGCCAGGAAGAAGAAAAGAUUUACCUUCUUGAAUGGGCCUGGCACCUGCAUGAAAGCAACCGUGAGAAAGAACUGGUUGAUCCCAAAUUAUUGGAGUUCGACGAGGAGGAAGUAACACGGUUGAUAGGAGUUGCUCUUUUAUGCACCCAAACUUCACCAGCGCUUCGUCCGGCAAUGUCGCGUGCAGUGGCUAUGUUAUCUGGUGAUACCGAAAUAGGCACUGUAAGUUCAAAACCUGGAUACUUGACUGGCUGGAAAUUUGAGGACAGCAGCUUUAUGAGCGACGGGAAUGUAACAAAAGGAACCGAUUCUAGCUUUUACAAUUCAUCUUCAAGUACUAGCAUGGUGCCUGAUGCAAAACAAAGUCCAAAACCAUUUCUCCAGGAGAUCAUUGGAGAAGGUAGAUAAGAAACAUUCUUUUCAAUUGUAACUAAUAUUUUGGCAUUGCCUUUUCAUUUUUGUUUGUUUUAUUUUAUUUGUGAUUUGAGUUGAGAGAUCAUGUACAUAUUUGUAAAAUUAGAGUGUGUAUUUAUGGAGAAGCUAGAAUGUAUGUAUUCUAUAUUUUUGGAAAAUUUAACAAGUCAAUUUUUUUUAA